CUCGCCAACCGCGCUUUCCGGUUAGCGUUUUAUAAAUACUGCAGACAGGCAAACAGUGCACCGAACACGGUAGACCAGUUGUGAGAUCAUUCGAGGUGCGUGGCCGCUCGAUUUGCGCGAUUUGCGAGAGAGAAGAAAAGACACCGACUUAUCUCUCUCAACAUAGAUUUUCCAGACGCGCGUGUAUCCGCGUUUUCUGCGGAUUUCACCCGCAGAUGUGCCUCCCGGACGGGGACACGCGCUUUCUCAGUGGUGUUAAUUGUGCUCCUUCGUGUCUCCACUGCUCCAAGUACUUCCUCGAAUCCCAGUGUGGCAUGCGGACGGAUUACUGAAGCGGGGUGGUGCACGCGAUCUGUAAAUUUGCAUGGACAACCCCGUGCUGCGAGUGUUCGUGUUUCCGUGAAUCGUGUACGGCGCUUACAUAAAUAACGACGGGAGACCGAUUCACGAGUUCCAUCAACCGAUUGGAUGCGUUUUGAAGAGCGGGACUUUUUCGGGAUGAUGACCGAUGAUACUGUGAGAUUUAUGAGCGACACGGGAUGUAACGUCUAGUCGUCGCAAUUGAGUCGAACCAGAACAUCUAUUCUCGGUGAAAAAAUACUAACUGCGAAUUAUCGAGAUGAGCGGAAUGAAGAAGGCGAUCGGAGGAUCCAUUCACAGAAUACGGGAGUUUGAGCUCGAGAAGGUGAAUCUGAUCGACGAGUUCGACAUCCUGCAGAUCGUCGGCGAGGGAUGGUUCGGCAAAAUCCUGCUGACCGAGCAUCGCAGUACGCAGACCGAGAUGGUACUGAAGGCCCUACCGAAGGCGUACACCGGCAUCUCGGAUUUCUUUCGGGAAUUUCAUUAUGGGUUACAUCUGUCGGCACACAGAAACAUUAUAACCACCUAUGACGUGGCGUUCGAGACGGCCGGCUUCUACGUUUUCAGUCAGGAAUACGCCCCACUCGGCGAUCUCACGUCGAACGUGACGGAGACAGGGUUGGGCGAGCUGCACGCGAAGAGGGUGGCCAGGCAGCUCGCCGCCGCGGUACAUCACAUACACAGCCGUGAACUAGUGCAUCGCGAUAUCAAACUCGACAAUAUACUCGUGUUUCGUAGUGAUUUUUCGCGUAUCAAGCUGUGCGAUUUCGGCGAGACUAGACGGGUUAACACCGUCGUACGAAGACAUAACGAAUGGUUGCCGUAUUCGCCGCCUGAGGUAUUGCAGAUCGACACUGAUGAGACGUACAAAGCUCGCACGUCGCACGAUGUCUGGCAAUUCGGCAUUGUCCUAUUUGUCUGCCUGACCGGAUGCCUGCCAUGGCAGAAAGCAGCGAUGGACGACCCGCGCUACACCAGAUAUCAAAACUGGCACAACGCGACGCUUAACAUCGCCAAGAAACCGAAAUUAUUUCAGCUGAUCAGCUCGCGGGCGCAGAGAAUGUUCAAGAGGCUAUUGGAUCCGAAGAUUGACAAGCGACCAGUCAGCGUGUUGGAAGUAAAUAAAUAUUUAGAAGACAGAUGGCUAGCGAAACUCGGAGUCGAAAAAGCGUUGAACGGCGGCGCCGACGAGAGGGACGAGCUAUGUCCGUCUAUGUACAGUUUCCACAGUUCCUUAGAGGAGAAGAAUCAACUUCUCCACACUCUUACGACGUACGGGAUCGAGACAACGGUGGACCAUUCGAAGAAGAAGGAUCGUAUCAGGGAAUGGAUACAAGCUAGCGCGAUCGUCGAGGAAAACGAGGAGGACGAGUCUGAUGUUUAUGAGGAUUCGGAGUUCUGUGAAGAUGAAGACAAGGACAAUGACGGGAACGGAAGCGAGGAGACAGAAUCGAUCUCCAUGAGAGGCAGGCAUUUUCCGGAGAGGCGUCCAAGCGCCACGACGAACAAUUCUAGAAAGAGAAGAGACAGCAGGGUCGCAAAGAAUCGUAUCACGUCGAAAAACAGAGUGCCCGUAAAGCCCAUCGAAAGGAAAAUACCUUUCGCUCCUCAAGUAGCCGAAGAGCGAGAAACGAUCGCGCGCUUCGCCAGCUUCCCCAACGGUGAUCCAAAUCUCGCCGCCGUAAGGAACGGCGGUGAUCAGACUCACGAUCUUUCCGCGACCUCGGUGAAUGUCCUCGCAUCGCCGACAACGAAUAAUUUCUCCGCGGGCAAUCUUCAAUCGUCCGUGCCUAGUGCCAACGGUCGAAAUGUCAAAGAUCAGACGAGGACCAACGCUAACAACUCUCGAGAUGAAUCGCCGCUUUCCGUGCAGCUAAUCGCUGCUGUCCCCGUCAAACAAUCGCCGCCUAAAACCACGGGUAUCCCGGAUAGCGCUGGUAGAGUUGUACCAAUGAGCCCGCAAAUCCCGGCCAGAAAAAAUCGCGCUCAUACAGCACCGUUUUCAGAGACGCGCUCGGCUGAGGCUCAGACCGAUUUGGCGAGAAAGACGGAAUCCGCGACAGUUUUACGGACAUCGGAAACGGAGGACUCGUUACCACCACGGGUGUCAGCAAAGACGUCCGUCUCUUCACAUCCGAUGACAACUCGAGUGGAUAAUCCUUCCGUUGCUAUAUUAUCGACUUCGCGAGCGGCAAGAUCAAUUGCUCCACCGAUUGUGCGAACUGAUAGAGCACCUGCGGCACCGAUAAUAAGCAACGCAUCUCUAGCCGAGCCCCAGCCUUCUAAUAGCGCUCUGCCUGGCCGAGUCGAAGGCUCGCCUCCAAUCGCGACGCAUAUCACAACGUCGGCCACUUCUCGCUUGGCAGUGCAGAGUUUCAACGCGCUGCAAGGUAUCGCGGGCGCAUCCUCGACCGCUUCGCCGGCGAGCUCAUCGUCGAACAUGAGCAAACCCGGUCAACGGGCCGAAGAGGUGAACGUGGCUUACGGAAAAGAUGCGUAUCAACACUAUGGCAUCGCCCAGGGAAUCAUACUACCGAUGAAAAUUAAUGUUAUUAGGCAGAAUUCUACUGGCAGCGGGAGUCGAUCCGUGAGCAACUGAGAUAUAAACUGAAGAAUGUACCAGAUUUUUUUUGAGGUCGACGAAAGUUGGAUAUUCGCGCAAGUCAUGCUAGUCACAGAAUCAAUCGAGAUGCAGGCCUGUUCAAAACUUAACUCACAAGCUAAAAGGCUAGAGUACAGAUAUACCUUUGUAUAAAGCGUAAGAGAAUUAUCAACCAAACAGAGUCUUUCAUUUACAUGAAAUGAAAUGGAGGACUUAUUGAGUCUCUAAUGCUUUCUACAAUAAGCCGUUAGUAAUAGGUUAGAAGGCAGGAGCGAGUUGUAAGCAAAUCAGUUGUGUGUCAUAAAGCAAUAAUAAGUCGGUGACUGCGUGAAGAUGGCCAAAUUCCAUUUCUUAUAUGAUUUAAAACCUAGAUUAUAUGAUAACUGACCAAUCACGUAGUGUAUUGUUAUUUUCUCUGAGAACCAGCCUUCUGAUUGACUGAAAUAUUGUGAUAUAACGAUUUAAUAUGAUUUAUGCUGGAUGUAAAUUUUUUAAGAUUUAUGACUUAUAAUUCUGACUUACCACUAUGAUAUAAGUGGUAACUAACGCCACUAUAACGGUUCGUUGUAGAAAGUCCAUUUUGUUUUAAACUUAACUUAAGUUGACGCUUCAGAUUGACUGCCGCAACAAGCUUGUAAUCGAUUUGUGAGUAAUAGAACCAGGGUUAUGCGUCAGCUCGGAUAUACAAUAGAUGUAGCUUCGUAAGAAAUUGACAAAUUAUAGUCGAUUAUUCUCCUCACAUUAGACUGUAAUUGAUCAAUUUCUUACGGUGUAAGGCUUACUAUACUUAUUGCAGAUCUGAGCUUAUGUAAAGGUCUAUGCUCAGGCUUAAACGCUCUUAUUUCUCUAUUUCGUUGAAGGUAACAGGUAGAAAGCAAAAAAGGAUACUCACUAGAACAGCCAGGCUUACUGGGCAAAAAUCUAGCGUCUAUUCUUUUUGUUUUCUCUUUGUCUCGUUCAACAAGACGAGAGACGAUGCAGAGAGAUAACAGCGUUAGCUCGCGAGCUAAGUUUUGAACAGAUCUGAUUCAUACCUAUACUUGAAGAUACAUAUUUGACUGGACUAUCACUUAUGUGAUACUUUACCUGAGAUUCAAUGCGAAUUAAAAGAAAGUACUCAUGAAAGUAUUUGAAGUAGGAAACACCCAUAUUUGCCGUUUGUGCAAUAUUUUUCAUAAUAUAUAUAAUAAUUGAUAUUGUUGAUAUCGCUUCAAUCAAAGAUUGUCGAGCGUUCCUUCAGAAAGUAUAUGUUGAUAUAAGACAUCACGAUGUUCGAUGUAUAGGAAGUAAGGCUAUCGCGAAAGUAACGUUAUGAUAGAACGCUAUAUGGAUGGAGCACGUUACGUAUAUUAUACUUCAUUAGUUUCAAGAGACACUUAUAUCGCCACGUGUCGCCCGCUUCACCAAGUCUAACGGGAUAAAAUUAGCGCGGCGUCUCGAAAGAGAGUUGCACCGUGCAAGAAUGUUCGAGGCCAUUAGCGUCCCACCGUGGGAAACAGUGAAAUUUUUAUUGUCCAAACGUGACGCGAGUCUACGCGCUUUUCGUUAACAUCUCCACUUUUUAAUUAUAAAUUUCUAUUGGUAUAAUGAUUAUUUAUUUGAAUGCAGCGUGCAGAGAAAAAUGUAGUCGUGGAAUGUGAGUUAAUUAGAUAUUUGUACAUGCUUUGUGAUAUUAGAGAUCAUGACUAGAACAUGGAACAUCCCAGUAAUGUUGCAACAACUGCAAUAUUGCCGAAAUGUCCCAUGCUACCAUAGAUCUAUUAUUUGGCUAAUGUAAAUAUAAUCAAUUUUGAGGUAUACGAAA